UGUUUUGGUUUUAAUAUUGUUUUGCCUAGUAAUUUUUAACACUUUCUUCCUCAUUCACAUAUCUGAUUUAUUAGUUUACUAUUACAAGCCAUUGUAAAAAUCAAAUGUUAACGCGUCUUACCGACAGCUGCACGAGCAGGUUCUGUUUUAUUCACGUGCAUCGAGUUGUGUGAAAUGAAAGUGAAAGUUCUUCGAGUUGAAUGGCACAGGGAACGAUAGUUCCAGGAGACCGUUUUGUAACAUGAGUUUAAACGUCAAUAUUCUUCUCUGUUUAUUUCUCUGUGGAGAGGUACCAGGAAUCCAGUCUUUCGAACAGGUGCCUUGGCUGCCCUGUCAGCUGGUGGAUGAAAGUGUAACGUUCAAUGAUGAGGGACAUGCUGAAACCGAGUACCAACACAGAGACGCUGGGCUGCAGUUUGGCCAUCCAGGGGACAGUGCUUUGAACCCUAAUACUAUCACCUUCCUUGUUACAGGCUCUAAGGUGGACAUGAGGAAGUACAUUGAAGGAGUAGUGGAGCACCAGCUGCAGUGUGAGAUCCGCAGGUACAGCACAGAGAGCCCCCAGAUGCGUUGGCCAGGUUUAGGAGCCCAGGAGCAUGACAUCUGGUUCACCUGCACCAUACGGCACACCGACGGCGUAUUCAUCAUCACCAGCUUCCUCAGACACACCCCUGCAACGCCCACACCUGGCCAGGCACACUACCUCAACUGGGCCGCCAUCGCAGACAGAGCGGCGCUAACCACUUCAACUGUGAUGCUAGUCCUCACCCGCUCUCCCUCUGUGCGGGUGGGUCUAGUGAAGCAACAGAGCCUGCAUUGUCAGUUUGAUGUGGACCACAAGGCAGCUGACCUGACAGUGGAAUGGCGUUUCCAGCGACGCGGCGAACGCACCACGCUCUUCAGCCACUCCAGCCGCUCGGGCCAGACAGAGGGGAGCGGGGUGCCGCUUAAUGCCAUUGGUAGGGGCGACGCAUCCCUGACGCUCCCCCUCACCAAGCAGAGCAGCGAGGGGACGUAUGUCUGCCAUGUCUCAGUGCCUCCGCUGUUUGGUAGCCAUGACAUCACUCUGCAGAUCAUGGAGUCGCCUCGCGUGUCCUUGAACGUGGACUCUACCAUCUCCCUGGUGGACAGGGGGGAGCAGAAGGUGGUGUGUGAGGCAGAGGGCUACUACCCCCUGGACGUGGAGAUGGAGUGGUUCAGGGAGCCCAGUGGUGGAGGCCUCCUACCAGAGAAGCUGGACACUGUCCUGUACUCCAGCCACCGCCACCACCAGGAUGGGACCUACUCUCUGUCGGCCUUCUUCCUGCUCCACGCUUCCCUGCACGACUCGGGCUCCAAGUACUUCUGCAGGGUGUCUCACAGCUCCCAGCGCAUGCCCAUCCGCAAGAGCUUCACCCUCAACGUCACAGAGUAUGACAGUUGGAACGCUGCACUGUGGUUCUUCUCUGGCUUUGGAUUCAUCUUGGUCAUGGUGGCCACUUUGUUUGUGAUGCUACCCCGCCUGAGCUCAGCAAGAAAAGCAAAUCAGCGCAAGCCCUACUGAGAGAACAAUCCAGAGUGGUCCUUCUCUUCAUCUCUGGACUUCUCUAUCAAGUGUGUUUUUUUUGUUGUUUUUUUUCCCCUGAUUCCCCUAUUAUAAAAGUACACGUAAUACAAAUAUAGAGACUGUCCCACAAGGUCAUAGUACUGUUCUAUGAUAAUACCACUUUAAGAUUGUCUAAGGUAGCUUAAUUUUGCUAUAAAAAUACUUGACAUGGAAUUAUUUUAUUUUAUAAAAAUGCAUGAUAAUGUUUGAUAUGAAAAAUAUGCACUAGGAAAUUGAUUUGUUUGAAGUAGUUUAAAUUGAAAAGCAAGGACCCUGAUGAGAUUGUGAAUAUAAUUUUGUUUUUUCAUUUGUA